ACGAGAGUAGUGCGCGAUAAGAGGGCCCCUCCUUCAAAUGUUGUAGGCUUUACUUAGGUAUGAUCUAUGACUUCUUCACAUUCACUUGGUUGAGUUCUUUAAAAAAAUGGACACCGUAAAAAAGCGCGGCUUUAAGAUGAAGUUGAUUGAGAAGUGACCUGGUUGUGCACUUUUCGUGAUGAACAACUUGCACAAUAUUGAAGUCGAAUUUAGGGGCCAUGUGCUAGAUCCCGAAUCAAUAAGAGGCCGCGGCGCAGUACGGACCACUAAGUUGACGCUCUAUACUCGAGCAACGCGAGAGAGCUCUGAUUAUUGCGUUCAUUUGAUUCUUGGGGGUUUGUCUUGGUCUUCGACUUCGUGACUUCUUCUUGCUGGUCUAGUUACUUGAAAUUAAGGGCAAAGAAAAUGCUCACGGACAAUGGCGGCCCGCUCUCGUCGGGACAGAGUAGUACGUUCACGUCUGCAUCCGAAUCAGGAGAAAGAGCUGACUUACGUUCACUCCUCGAACAAAAUGGAGCAGCACUUGUUGGAGGUGGAACCAUAGAAGGGCUGGCGCCGACUGCAGCAGCUGUCGCGAACGCGCUGGACGAGCAACUGCGGAGAUUGGAGAUCGUCAGCGGGGGAUCCAAGAGUUCGGCCUUGUCAGGUGGAGGCUCCCUUGAUGGAGCUGCAUUGGCACGAAUCGACUCGAAGUUAAGCAACAAGUUCCGCGAGCAUUCACCACGGAGUGGCUCCUGGAAUUUUGAGAAAGUCGUUUCUCCGUUUGACUCAUCGACACCGCAGGAUUUGGUACCGCCGAGCGCCAGCGAUUUGGCCUAUGCUCUGAAGAAGGAGCGACAGCAGCAACAACUCACGGGAACGGGCUUUCAGCGCCUCGAGGAAGAAAAUGCGCUCAAACGGAACAGCUCUCGUGCGUCAGCAGCCGCGGUAUCCCCUGGCGCGAAUGGGCAUGCGAUAGCGAAUCAAAUAGGAAGCAUGGUCGUCACUGGAGCAUCCACUCAACUCAUGGUACUUGGACUUCCACUUACCUUUUUUCGAAACUUCUUUCUACCUUUCCGUACUAAUAGCGACGUCGUGUAUGCCGUUCACUCGAUAAAGAAGCGAUCAAGAUGAACUAUUUUUACAACUUAAUUUUAUGCAACCAAAAUGAAUAGGGCUCGUCUAUUUCGUCGACGACAGUGCGUCGCGAUUCAUCGAGUUCCAGUCUGCCGAAGCCAGUGAGUAGUUCGUCGGUAGGGAGCGGUCCAAACGGAGGCCAACCUGUUCCAGGAUCAACGGAUCCCUACAUUUUCGACUAUAAAAGGGAUCGGUCGCAGUCCCAGCAGUCGGGGGAGGGACAAGAUUUAUCCUCCCAAUUAGAUCCAUGGCACUUUGAAGGCCGAAGGGAUGAUGACCGGAACUAUGUCUACCACGGAGGUGGAGUUGCGCCUACACAAUCUGCGGGGACUAGACCUGCACCAGGGCAACAAGUUGUGGCCGCAAACUCGUCAUCCUUAAUAUGCGGAGGAAUGACAGGUGGUGGUGUUGGAGGGGGUGGGGGACUUCUCGGUAAUUACACUGCUAGCGCGACGAGCCCACUAGUGGGGACGUUUUUUCCGAUGCCACCUUCUGCAACAAUGCUUCAGACGAGUAUGAUGACGGAAAAAAUGAGCCAAAUCAACAGGGCGCUGAUGGUCGGAGGGCCUUCAUCGCGGAAGUCCCCUCCGGUCGACACCGCAUCGGGUCAGCCACUACAGCAACCUUCCUCCAGUUCGCCAGGGACCGGACCCACUGCCGUGAACCCGUCCCCGAGUAACGGGUCGGCGUCGGCCGCCUAUGCGCGGCCACCGCAACGCUCGCAGACGUACCUAUCGGAAGAUGCAGCGAGCCGGAUGGACCGAGAGCGCGAGCAAUUUCUUCGAUUGCUGACCUCGGCGCGCGUUGGUGAGGGCGGUUCGUCUAGCAGUACCAGGCGGCCGCAUCGACUUCUGGAGCGAGAGGGGUCGGCAGGUUUUGCCGACGCUGAAACCCACUAUAGCAGCAGUUCUGUACCCGAAAAUGGCAUGUCCUAUUCGGCAGAGGAGAUUUUCGCACAGGGUUUCGAGGCGGGCAGCAAAGAGGCACGAAAACAGAGUCGCAGUCGGAGUCCGAAGGCGGCUAGUAGAAGUCAGAGUCCAUACCAGCAGGUGAGAUCAAAAGCAUCCAUGCCUGGUGGCAGUCCGAAACCAAACGCAAGUCCGAGAAAUGAGAGCAAAACAAGCUUACAAAACGUGAUCCGAAGUCCCGGACCACGUCAGAGGGGCAUGUAUUCUUCACCGAGUCCCAGCCCCAACAGCGCAGGAAAAGCUCCUGCGGUGAAGUUAGAACAGCACGAAGUGGUUCGCAUCACUCCACUGGCAAAAGCGGCCCCACCCGCGAUCGCUCCGCGGAAUCCUGCGCAUCGGCCGAAGAAAACCGAACAAGAAGCUAUCCUGCCUCCCCCAAUCCGUCGGAAAAUUACGGUCCCAUUGCAAAUGUCGCCGCGCGGGCAGCACACAGAAGCACGCGCAAUGAUCCGGGAGCAGUUACGCGCUGGGGCUUCGAUACCCAACAUUGUCCUACUCAAGGAGCAUCAGCUUCAGCACGAUAUUCCUCCGGAGCCGAGUACAGACCGAUGGGACUACGACGCGGAGCGGAUAGUAGACAACCUGAGAGCAGUGGCUGCUUCGAAUGGUCGUGUUGAGCAGUCUACAAGCCGGCCACCGGUCAUGUCACACUCAACAACGCUGGGAAGAGCAACGGGGGCAAACGUGGGACCACAGCGGGGCAGGACGCCAAGUAGCGCUCGUGGAGUGUCAGCGGAAACAGCGGCUUAUCUGGAACGUCCGGUAAGCGAGCGGCUUUACAACUGCCGACGUCGCAAGAUUCUGCAGUCUUCUGUGCCAAAUGCAACUGAUACACCAAGGUAUACUUGCGCUUGCCGAUUUUCCUUUACAGGAGAGUGUCUUCACAGAUUCAUUACCAGUGUGUUACAAGUAGUGGCGAAGCGGAACUCGUCUGUCUCUGUGAAUCAAUGUGCAUCUCAUUUAACCCGAGCUCUUGAAUGAAACCAACAAAGUAUAAGUAAUUUCAUAAUGUACUGCAGGGAUGAGGUGCAACGAAGAAAACCUCCAGCCACGUCAAAAGCGUGGUUUGCACCGCCGGGGCGUUCAGGCAACAUACCUCCAAGGCCACCGGGUGGUUCGAAGAUGAACUCAACUACGGGCCCGAAGCGAACAGUCGCGCCAGGACCCGCCGCCGCGCACGAGGACGAUUCGUACACGACUCUCGGCACAACCACGCGUCAGCGCGACUCGCGCAGUUCGUCUCUGCAAGAACGGAGGAAAACAUCACACCAGAAGACUGUCCGAGAAGUUUCGAUGGCGUCGUCAGUCGCAGCAGCAGAACGAGCUUCAGGAGCCCAGCGGGAAACGGCUCUCGAUGUCCUGGAGGACUCCGAAGCGCACAGAACCUCAGCCAUUCGUCCAUCUGAGUCCAGUGCAGCACCAGAAGAACUUGAGGAACUAGCUGAAGUGCCGAAUGCUCGUCACAUAUCGACGAAAGCACGCAAAAGCGGAGAGACUGCGAGAAAAAACACCGUGGCAAAGCAGACUACUUCUAGAGCACCACUCUACCAAAUCGGUCCGUCGCACGUGGUCGUUCCUCAAUAUGAGACACGCAAUCUGACAGGCUAUCGUCCCAGCGGUGAGCAGAAACUGUCUGCGCUAUUUCGCGAGGUGGAGUCGGGGGCGACGCGAAGGAUGCAAAACAUGCACACGAGAAGUGCUCAGCAGUUGCCGCUACAACAGAGAAUGCAGGUACUUUUCGUUUUCACAUGCUUUACACGGAUCAGAAUCUUGUUACAUUUUACCUUCGACGAGAAGACCUCUACUAGGGCAGGUAGGACGAACGCGCGGCGCCUAGAUAUAAGCGGACUCUAGUGGGCUCGUAGCUUUUUAAACUUAUGUUGAAGACUCAAAAAAAUUUAACAGCUUACUCCUCUCCUCCUCAUCUUGUCCUUGUCCAAACGCAAUUACAAACCCCAAAGCCACCUCAGACCAAAGUUGCAGAACAGCUGAUGCAGACUUGUGUUUUCUGCUGCUCCUUUUCUCCUUCGCCGUGACUUCAAGAAGUAAAGGGAUAGUAGUACUAUGUAUCUAUGUAUCUAUCUUACCUCUUAAAUUGACACAACAUGCACUAUGCUGGUCCCUGUGCCAUUUCAUCGUUCUCCCCUUAAGAAUAUAAAUAUUUUUGCAGCCGCCGCUGCCGCCGAGUUCAGUUGUUACGAGUGGUGAGCCGAGGACUACGCUGUAUCCGGGUGGAGGCGCGUUGCACGAAACGCUAGCGCGGGGACACAGAAUACAACCUCGAGACCUUGAGAGCAAGUACAGUCCUGUGAAAAAGGUCGUGAAACGUCAACAAAUAUUCAUGGCCGGUGCUGGUGGUGGGCCAACGUGGAGUCACAUGAUUUCUCCGCGGACUAUCUUUGGUCCAGGCAUCGGCAAUACAGUAGAUGACGGGCGAACGUUGGGUCAUCUCGCGCAGACGCAACAUCAGAAGAGACCAUCUUCAUUGUCACCGGAGAAGGGCCACAUGCACAACAAUGGAAUGCACCAAAUCGACCGCGAGGCCCCCAGUAAUCCUUACCUUUUCGCGCGCCGGGUAUUUGACAAAUUGAACGCGCCAGAGCCCGGGCCGAAAAGUGCCGUCGACAUCUAUCGCGACUGGACCUCUGCGAAUUCAUCGCCAACCAAACCUCCCACAGUUAGCGUGCGGGCAGGCGCCAUUGUUGUUUCAGCACCGAUGAAUGCUACUCGUGCUGAGGAGGAGGCAGAUGAUGUAGUCGAGGAGGGGGCGGACCUAGAGGAAAUGCAAGCUCCUCCUGCACGCAAACCGCAGGCAUAUCCAGAUCCGAAACAAGAUGUCUCUGUUUCAUCUGCAGACACAACGAAUUUGGCGCUCCAUGCGUCGCCGAUCCCCGAGAGAACAAGCCCGCCGCUAUCCGCCGGGGGAUUUACUCCCAAGGGGGCGCUGCUGAAUACGUCAGCGGGGUCGAGCACGUAUUAUUGCCUUUGCCAUUUUUCUUUCAUAAGCCAAUACUUGAAGGUAGAUGAGAGUUGCAUAGUCUUUAGUGUCCUGCUGAGCAUUAGCAUUCACGAGUUAGUAUCUUCAGAUAAUGCGAUCUUUCUUCUUCACCACGACAGGGCUUUCAAUAAUUUCGUUGGGCAGCGCAUGCGCACCCUACCCGGCGAUAUCUUUUCGAAAGUCGUGCGCCCACAGGAUUCGGAAACGCAAAGUUCCCUGAUACGGUCUCCGCAGAAGGGCGGUGGAGGUAGUAGCGAAGUAGGGGGUGCGCGAGGCUCAUCGUCCGCCAUCUCUGGUGGAUCUGCUUGUUCCGUCGCGCCGAACUUCGUAAUGCUUGAGUCUGUGAAGCGGAAAGAAGCCGAGCGCCGACAGGCAAAGAUUGCUGCGGAACUCGCCGAGAAAGAGCAGAUGAAAGAGCGCGUAAAGGGGCGCCGAGGCUGGGAAGAGUUCUGCUAUGGGGAUCAGGAACGAAAAUGGGAAAGGCUGAGGGCCAAGUAUCCCGAACGCUUUCUCAGCGAAGAGGAGAAGGCAGAGCGCGAACUGAGACAGAGCCGCGAAGAGCAUCAGCAGUUGCUCGCUGAACAGGCUAGAGUGAAAGAGAGGAUCAUUUUCAGCAAAACUGGAGCUGGUGGACAACAGGCAAUAUUAAACCCUCAGGAUAAACUUUACGACGCGGUGGAGGAGGAGUUCGCAGACCAAGUAGCCGAUCCUGUGAGUCGUAGCUCGGAAAUGCUCUUCGUUGACGCGGAGCAAGAGGCGGAAGAAAAUGCAGCAGCUGAUGGAAUGUCUAUUAUUAUGGUUAUCAUGAUACAUGAUGUGCAGAAACGAAAGAUAGUACCUAGUCUUUUCUACAAGUUGUCUAGAAGAUCUUUCAUGUACUAGUAGUAGAAGUCGAUCAUGUGAGCCCUGAGUCAGAGUCUUUUGCAUUCAGAUUGUGUUGAGAAAGAUGACAUUCCUUUUCGCAAUCGCAAGUACAUAGGAAUAUGUCAAGAUGAAAGGAAAAAAAGUAAAAUUUUUCGAUAGAAGUCAGUGGAUUACUACUCUGAAUCUCAGUCAGCAUCACAUGUCUCGUUUAUGAAUUGUCCCUUUCAUAGCAGCAAAAGGAUCGCCUUUGCCACAGCGGAUGAUUGGACCAGGUUCGCCGAGUCAGAUGACGAUUUUGUCGCAGUCGAAUGACAUCAGCAAAAAUCGGAUGGCGAAGAGUCUCAACAACAGCACAGCGUCACCGCCUGUCGUGGACUACUCCUCGGUGCCUUCGGUCCUCGGCCUCAAGGAACCAGCUAAGUACAUGGAGAAAGUUAAGUUCAUGAACGAAAUCAAGGAGCUGCGGUCUUUGCAGGCUGAACAAGAACGGGCACAGGAGGAGAUGAAGGAAUGCAGCUUUAACCCAUUCGAACGCGCGCGUCAUGGUCCGGGACUCAUUCACUACUCAGUCUAUCAGAAGCUGCCAACGCACGUAUCGCUCAAAAAGUAGGCGGGAUCACUUCGGAGAAGUCUCGCGUUCCUGUAGCAUAGAUAGAGUACUUAUCAGUCAAAAUAUCUUCAAAUAAUGACGAGGUGGAGCAAUUUGGAAGAUGUUGCAGGAGCUGUUUAUACAGGUGGUUCUUACGCAUUGCCACUCAUAGUAUCAUGCUAUUUUAUCAUCUAUGUCAUGUUUUGAAUUUGAUAUGUCAGGACACUAUUGUCGCAUCUUGAAUGUUCCGGCCAUUCUAUUACACACUACCGAUUCAUUGUAUUUUCGCAUAUAGCUUUCUGGUGCAGAGCUACGCUGGAACCAGAAGCACAUUCUUUAAUUUCAUACUCAGUUAGCGAUACGCAAAUGCCUGUAAGCACAUGACAAAAAGAGCUUUGCCGUGGCAAGAUUAAGAACAUGCUUUGCUGGUUUUCCCACUCUUUGAUGUUUCUCUCCUUGUGUGCAUUCUUCAAAGCAAUUUUGAGUGAUAUAGAGAUAUAUUAGCUGUGUUAGGGCUUCUGCUCCACUGGCGAUAAUAUUUAUACUAGCUGCGUGUAUAAUGUUAGUAAUGGAGCUAUCUUCUUUCAUUAUACUAGCUGUGGGUAACUAUGGUCAUGAUCCUAAUCAAGCCUUAUGACACUUUUCGAUCGUAGGAAAUGGCGGCGCCACCUCCAUUCCAUGCGAGCGGGAAUUAUAGGCGGCAUUUCUCUGGGCUGUCCGGCUUACAUCAAUGAAUGUUGACUCUAGAAAACUGCCACGAAUGUUUAUUCGAAUUUGUUAUUUUUGAUAACUUUGCUUUUGCAGUACCUUAAAUCGUCGCCGUUGAUGAAGUGAGGGAGCGCCACUCCCCUCCUCUUUAUUGAAAUGAAAUGCUGAUAUUAGGAUCACAAUUCCAAUGCCCAAACGUCGUAAUGUAUGAGACAUUCUCAUUGGAGUUUAUUUCGUGUUUCGGGUGACCUGCUUAUGGUUGUCAUAGUGAAUUUGUCCAAGUCCACCUGGGGCUUUUCGGUCUCGCAAUUCACGGGUCUCCUGCAAUGGCAAAGUUUGGCUGUGAUGAGUUCUUGUUGGCUCCAAAAGAUGAAAAUCAAGCUUUGAGAAAGAAAAACAUGCUGGAAAACGUACGAUCAUCAAAGACAGGGCGCUUGCUUGAAAAGGGACCAUCGUCUUGUUUCAUAGUCGUGAACGCUCACCUCUCCGAGGCGAGCCAACUCCUAUCCUAUCAUAUCUAUGCAUCUUUAUAGAUGUUUGUCCUCUCCACUUUUUCGAUCUCCACCAGGUAUGCACGAAUCUUGGUCGAAUCAAGGUCAUCGAUCUUUUCGAUUUUAAGACACUCUGUACUUCUUUUAGUACAACCAGUGUGGCUUUCUUAUUAAUAUAACUAUGGUCGGAAACCGAAACGUAUGGUUCUAGUGACAAUGUCGUUGACUGUGAUCUUGGGUCGGAAACCGUUUUUCAGUGACACCAGUAUGAUACGAUCAUCGUCAUAGUAGUUACUAUUUUCAUCAUGAGUCAUGAU